AUGGGCGUAACCCCAUUGUUAUGUAGAAAUAGAAACAGUUCUUUCCCCCCUUACAUUCUCCAUUCAUUCACACCUGCGAACCAAGCCUUGCCGCGUCGGGAGGCUUACUCCCUUCCCCUGACGGCCGCCAUCUCAGCUCCUACAGCGACGAUUAAUGCGGGAACCGUCCAAGGUGGCCGCUGUACCGGUACUCCCGAUGCAAUCUACUACAAGGCAAUUCCCUACGCCAGGCCCCCCGUUGGGAACCGCCGCUUCGCUGCCCCAGUAGCAUACAAUGGCCACUUUCCAAACGGGACCCUGCACGCCACGAAGCCACCUCCGGCCUGCAUUCAGUUCGGGGAUCUAUUCGCCGAGACGGGUCCUACUUCCGAGGAUUGCCUAUAUCUGAACAUCUGGACACCAGCGAACGCCACAAAGACCUCCGGGCUCCCCGUUCAAGUCUGGAUAUACGGCGGGUCUGAGACAAAUGGCGGGAUCUCCAACCCGCUGUACGAUGGGUUCUCCGUCAACUAUUGGCUGGGGCCGUUGGGGUUUUUGGCAUUGAGCGCAGCUGGCUUUGAGGGUAAUCAGGGAAUCCAGGAUAUCUUGCUCGGGCUGGAGUGGGUCAGAGAGAAUAUAGGAGCUUUUGGCGGCGAUCCGAAAAAGGUCCUCCUCUUCGGACAAUCCGCCGGCGCGGUGAAUGCCUUCAUCAUCGCGACUCUGCCACAGGCACCUAGUUUGAUUAACGCGGCCAUCACGGAAUCCGGUGGCGGCAGAGACGUGCUCUUCAACUCCACGGCGCAACGCGUCGGGGACUCCGUCGCCCAAAGGCUUUCCUGUAAGGCUACAGAUCGGACAUGUCUCCAGUCAAAAUCAAUUUCUAGCCUCCAAAAUGCCUACAAAACAAACCCCUUCCUAUCUCAGGGCCUAGGUGCAGCCGAUGCUAUAGGCAUUGUCAGCCCAGAAAGCCACGUCUUCUACCCCCAUCACGAUGGCAAAGUAAUCCCCGCGCAGCCUUCCCACCACCGAGUCCAGGUCCCAACCGUUUUCGGCUUCGCCCAGCGCGAAGGCACAAUCUUCGCCUCUGCUCAAUUUGCCCCAGACCUCGGCUCCGCAAAUAGCACAGCCUACAACGCCUUCUUAACUCAAAACUUCGGUCCCAAACUCGCCCCGGUCAUCAAAAAGUACUAUCCACUUUCGCUCUUCAGCUCAACCACCUUCCCAGCCAUCGCCGCAAUUUCAACCUUCCAACACACCCCUUCUUGCGCCUGGUUGGAGAGUAUCCCUCCCGAAGCCAUCUCAACCCUGGGCGCGACACAUACCGCGGAGAUCCCGCUUAUUUUUGGCAAUCUGGCCCAUCAGCCUGUUCCCGAUGGGAGCUGUAAUGCUACGACUACGGAGUACGGGCUUGCAAGCGGGCUGAUGGGGCUGUGGAGAUCCAUGGCGGAGAAAGGGGAGCCGUCGCUAGUGGUCUAUAUUGCUAUAACAGCAAGUGGGUGA